AAAGCUACACGAACUCCUAAGCUAACAACAUUCACUCGGGGAGAGAGAGUCGGAGAUAGACAAUACAAAUAUACAAUAAAGCAAUCUUUUCUUUUGCUUUCUUUGUUUCUUUCUUCGUUUCUGCAACUAGAAGAAGUUGAAGAAGAUCGAAGAAUUUUUGUUGUUGUUUAUCCUCUUCCUAUAUAAGAAAAAAACAAGGCGUGGGGUCUGUUUUCAUUUCUGGCCUUGCGAUUCCGAUAAAACUCUCAGCUUCCUUCAAAAGCCCAUCCAAAUCCACUUCUCUCUCUCUCUCUCUAUCAUUAUACUAUAUUUUUAGGCAUAUUUUUACCUUUUCCUUUCCCCCAUCUCUCUCUCUUUCUCUCUCUGUGUCUCUUGGCUUUUCUCCUCCCGUUCUCAUGGAAGCUUCACCCAAUGAUCGACUUCAUUUUGGCAAAAUGGGUUUCGGGUGCCACCAUUACAGGAGGAGAUGCCAAAUCAGAGCUCCAUGUUGCAACGAAGUCUUCGAUUGUCGCCAUUGUCACAACGACAGCACCAGCACAUUGCGCAAUAUCUACGACCGUCACGAUCUUGUUCGCCAAGAUGUUAAACAAGUGAUUUGCUCUGUUUGCGAUACGGAGCAGCUGGCAGCUCAAGUUUGUUCGAAUUGUGGUGUCAACAUGGGAGAAUACUUUUGCGAUAUCUGCAAAUUCUAUGAUGAUGAUACUGAGAAAGGACAGUUCCAUUGUGAUGACUGUGGAAUUUGCAGAGUUGGAGGGCGUGAGAACUUCUUCCAUUGCAAGAAGUGUGGAUCUUGUUAUGCGACUAGUCUGCGCAACAACCAUCGCUGUGUUGAGAAUUCGAUGCGACAUCACUGUCCUAUUUGUUACGAGUACCUUUUUGACUCUCUAAAGGACACAAAUGUGAUGAAAUGCGGACACACAAUGCACCAAGAAUGCUACCACGAGAUGAUCAAGCGUGACAAGUUUUGUUGUCCGAUUUGCUCGAGGUCAGUGAUUGAUAUGUCAAAAACAUGGCAGAGACUGGAUGAAGAGAUCGAAGCCACUGCUAUGCCUUCUGAUUACCGCGACAAGAAGGUUUGGAUACUAUGCAACGACUGUAAUGACACAACAGAAGUGUACUUCCACAUAAUCGGACAGAAAUGUGGGCAUUGUCGAUCUUACAACACACGAGCGAUUGCGCCUCCUGUUCUUCCUCAAUGACAAACCAAGAUCUAUCAUGUAAUGCCAUCAGAAAGCAAGCAAGAACUUUUUGUUGCAAAAAACUGGGGCAAAGUUGAUGAUCGCUUAUAACAGGAAAAGGAAAAAAAAAAAGAAAAAAACGAUUGAUGAUCAGUAACGAUUAUUGGUCACAAUAGCAAAACACACAUUUGUCUUCUUCAUGAUUGGAUUUGUUGUUCUCUUGUAUUGUCAUAUUUUACUAUUUGUGUUUGGGGGAUGGAAAUUGAGGAUGAUGUAUAAUAUACUCUAUAUAUAUUCUUGAUCCAGGAAAAAUCACCUGGAUAAUAUGUUUUCAAGGAUUUGUUGAAAACUAA